AUGUACAUUUAUUUGCACAUCUUGUCUAUCAUUCUAUUUUUUAUCUUUGAUAUAUCCAAUUUAAUAAUAUCAAUUAUUGAAUAUCCUAAUUGGCCAGUGACAGGAUACAUUGGCGAUUUACUCAUUAGCGUGCCAUCACCUUUUAAUACCUCUAUUGUUUUGCUCAUACCUCUAAUGGGUUCAGCUUUGGCUCAUAUAAUUGUGGGAUUAUUAGCUAAAUAUAAAGGAGGCAAGUGA